CCAUGCCCGAGCGGCUGACGUCUUUCGAAUUGGGGACGGCGCCGCCGCCGCCGAGGUGCAAGUGUCCAUCUAGAAUGUCCAGACGUGCCCAGCAGCUUAGAGACCAUGAUAUAAACCCCUGUGUAGCGGAAACAGAUGCCUCUAUAAAAUGUAUGGAUGAAAACAACUAUGACAAGAGUAUGUGUACUGAUUAUUUUUUGAAGUACAAAAACUGCAGGAAAUUCUGGCAAGAUAUUAAGAUGGAGAGGAGAAGAAAUGGAGUGAAGCCAGAGAUGCCCUCAGCAGAAGAGAGAAAGAAAAUCUUGGAAUCAAUAGGGAAGCCCUACUGACCAAAAAAAMCACAUCCUGGCACUGGCUUAUACUCUGCACUGUACAGACCAAGACUUGUCAGCAGCAAGCUGCUUAAACUGGGAACUUUACUGUUGCCAUAUCUUGAAUUAAAAUAAGCUCUUGAACUUUGAAAUGAGAUUUUUUUUUUUGAUUCUUUUCUUAUUUACCUCAGAAACUGCUUUUCACUGGAAACUGGUUUCUGAUAUAGCUUCUGUCUAGGCUCUUUGAAAGUAGAAACUUGUGAAUGGAUAACUAUCAAAUUAGUCUUCCCCCCAAAAAAGGUCCAUCAAAGAGGUAAUGAUGGGAGGUACAAUAUGGAUGCAACUAAGGAUGAAGCAGACUUGGACCCUUUGCAGCACACUUCUACCUAGCUAUUCUGGCAGUUGUUCUGCAUUUCUCAUGUGGUUUCAUCAGUGAUUUCAUGUGGACUGUGUUCAAUGUUUCUGGUUUAAAUAAGACCGCUUAUGAACGAAGCCCCCCAGUUCUGCAAGAGGUCCUUUGGAAGCCUUGUCACCAUCCUUGUCACCGGGAGCACCCGCUUGCUGUAAAUCACCUCAGUGGCUUUGCUUGUUACAAGGUGAGGGAGGUUAAGGAAGAUAAACUGAACUUGGCUCUGAACGGAGUAGUAAUAGUGCCUUCUCUGGAUAGUAAACAGAUACUUCACUUGGGGGAAGCUACUAGACGUGUAAACAUAUACUCUGAGUGACAUUGCAGGUUUAACUAUAGCACAUCUAUGUAAGACUUUCUGCACAGCUGAUGGCCUGGGUUUGGAAACCUUUGCUCAUAGGGGAUUCGUAUGAUUUGAGCAGGAACUCCAAUCUUGAGCAAGAUUGAGUCCUUAACUAAAGUGGACRGUUACUAGGAGUAAUCAGGCUCCUGUCUAGUGAAAUGCUACCUUCCUGCCUUGAUGACCUUCCUAGUGUCCUGGCUUAAAACUAUACCCUGUGGUUAAACAGGAAAACACACUGUCGUGGGCUCAAGUUCCCUGUGAAAUCCUUUAAGACUUUCUGCAGUGAAGCUGGCAGAACUCUGGCUGCCCUUAUGGAGGA